GCGACGGCUGUAAAACGCUACUCGUCCUCUCUUUUUGUCACAUUCUUUGUUUUUGUUGGACUGUACAAGAAAAAAAGUGACACUCAUACAAAUAUUUUUGAAGCUUAACUAAACUUUAACCUCCUCCAUUUGAUAGCCAGUGGAAUACUAAAGUGCACAUUUCCACUCAAACUUUUCAUUGAACGAUGAGCGCGACUCAAGCCUCAACUUUCAGUCAAAAAUUACAUGGCCGAGGGGGACAAGGAUGAGUUCCGCACUGCACUUCAUAGGUUGUUUGCAAAAGAAAAAAAGGCAAACACAAGAGCAAGAAGGUACGUCAAGACUUCCUCGUAGUACUCCCGAAUGGAGAUCUGGAGGCGUGUUGAUUUUAGCACCCUCUGAUCAUGCUGGCUCUGAGCGUGGAGCAGGGCAAGCGAAGGGGUGCUAAAGUUGAUCAUUUGGACAAAGAGGCUGCUGUAGGAUGGCAGGGCCGGCAGUCUCCUGAGCAGAGGCGUAACAUCAAGGAGAGGAUCUCCCAGUGGGAGAGUCGCAGCAAGGAUGUUUUAAUACAGGCUACCCCACUGAAUGUCUCCCAAUUUCAGUCUGAGGAUGUCCUUAGUAAUGGAUGUUUGAACAAGGGCUCAACUAGAGGUUUUCAUACUAAAGAUCUCACUAAAGCUCAGAGUUUGGCUUUAGAUUUUCGGGAAACCCAAACACACUCUAGAAACUGCAGGAUUGGUCCAAGAAACAAGCUGACGCAAAAACCGGUGUUGCCUUUCUCAGAUCCCAACACCAAUAAAAUGAGAGUCCAAGAUGAGCUAAAAUCAGACUGUAUCUUAGAUGUUGAUUCGGUGUCAAAAAAACUACCGCUGCUAGCAGAUGACAACGAAGACAAUAUGCCCGCUGGGAACUUUUAUACUUCUCGGGGUUUCUGGCGGCGUCUCGAAGGGGACCGAUUUCUUUGGGAAAAAGGCAGAACAUCCAUAGGGGAAGCUCCUCCUAAACCACAGCGCACGUUCAAAUAUCAAGGCGCUAAAAAGGAUGCAACGCCAUUGAGCAGCAGAUCACCACACAACAUGCAGCCUAGUGGGAGAAGUCGCAGAGUCGCCCAACCGCCAAGCUUCCCACCACCUCCAUGUCCUGUUGCCAGGAUCAAUGGACUUUCAAGGCAUAAAAGUAACAGGAGGUCCUUUGAGUAUGAAGAUGCAAUUCGUCCCGCUGCGAAGCAAGGCAUCGUUGAAAUCAAGGCCAGACACUCAGGCCUUCACCAUGCGUAUUCUGAUGAUAAUAUUUAUGAAGACAUCAUCUGUGAAGUGGCCAGAGAUAACCCUUAUGAGGAUGUCAAGUUAUCCCCUAUGUGUCUUCCUAUCACCAGACCUCACAGCUCAAAGUUCAACAAAAAACCCCAAAUCAUACAAGGGGGAUCUGGCAACAUAGCAAGGAGGACAAUGCCACCACUGAGGUCAACAGUCGUAGAUAAUCCCAAGCCUGCUCUGCCCCAGCGCAUAAACGCUUAUAAAAUUCAGAAGACACCUCAGUACAUUAAUAAGAUCGAGACAAUAUUUGAUGAUAAACGAGGGCGGAAGCGAGUGAAGAACCAAGGAGUUUCAGUGCGAGGGGAGACUAGUGGGACUGAGAGUGACCCCGAAGACAGCAGCAAAGGUUUAAAGAGAUCCGUUCACAAACCGUUACUUCUGAAGCGCAAGGCAGGCUACCGCACUCUGGAGAAAGACCUGAUCCAGGCACAGCAGCAGCAGCAGCUUUUCCAAAUGUUUGUGGUAGUGUCUUUGAGGAAAGGCUCCCCAGCAAACACCUACUCCCCUGAAAUAACGCAGCAGUUCCCCAAAAUGUUUGAAAAGUCAUCCAGACUCUCUAAGGAAGCUGAAGAUCAACUGAGAGUCAUCCCCAAAUUUUGUUUCCCCGACAUACGCGACUGGAAGCCUUCUGGACACACGCCAAGUGAGACCUUCUCCUUUGUCCUGACCGGGGAAGAUGGGAGCCGCUGGUUCUGUUACUGCCGUAAGAUCCUGCCCAGCGGAAAGGGCAAAAGGCUCCCUGAGGUUCAUUGUGUUGUCAGCAAGCUGGGCUGUUUCAACCUGUUUGCCAAGAUUUUGGAGGAGGUGGAGCGGCGCCGAGAGAUUGCCCCAGCAUUGGUUUACCCUUUUAUGCGUAGUGUGAUGGAAGCGCCUUUCCCGGCUCCAGGUCGCACAGUCACGGUCAAGAGUUUCCUGCCUGGUGCUGGGAAUGAGGUUCUGACUUUGUGCCGUCCUGUCGACUCCAGAUUAGAACACGUGGAUUUUGACACGCUUCUCCAAUGUCUCAGUGUGGGGAAUCUCCUGCAGGUGUUUGCUUCCCUACUUCUUGAGAGGAGGGUAAUCUUUGUGGCUGAAAAACUCAGUAUGCUGUCCCGUUGCGGUCACGCAGUGCUGGCGCUGUUGUACCCUUUCACAUGGCAGCACACCUUUGUGCCCGUAUUGCCUACCAGCAUGUUGGACAUCAGCUGCUCCCCCACGCCGUUCCUGAUCGGGGUGCUUGCUCCUUCUUUGCCCCAAGUGCUUGAACUACCUAUAGAGGAGGUACUUAUCGUGGAUUUGUGUGCAGAUGAGUUUGUCACUCAGCUCGGAGAUGAGGACUGCAUCCUGCCUAGUAAGCUGCAAGCAGCAUUACAACAGAUUCUGGAUGAGCGGGAAGAUAUUCUCAAGCAGGAUGGGGACACGACUGAAGACCAGACGGUAGACCUCUGCUCCCUGGUGUCGGAGGCCUUUGUGCACUUCUUCGUGGAGCUGGUGGGCCACUACCCUCUCCACAUGGAGUCAUCCAAUGGGAGCAGGGAGCUUCAGCGCGAUAAUUUCCGCAAGUCUCACCCGUCGCGCGGUGUCCGGCAGUUCCUGCAGCUGUUCAUGGAAUCGCAGAUGUUUGCCGGUUUCAUUCAGGACAAAGAGCUGCGCAAGGGGGGAGGAAGAGGGUUGUUUGAAAUUAGAGUGGCUGAAUAUUUGGACUGUACUCCUGACCCAGAACCAAGUGGAGUGAACAAGUUUCUUAAAGGACUGGGAAACAAGAUGAAGCUACUACAAAUGAAAUAAAUUUUAAAAAGCUAUAUUUUCCAUCAUCAUUUUCUAGUUAAAACUGUAAUUUCAGGAGAAACCUUUGUAGGAAUUCAUUCAAAUGGAAACGUCUUUCCAGCUUGUACUGUUUGUUUGAGUGACACAAAUACUGUUUGAGUAUGUGGAACGGCAACAAACAUUCCCUCUGCUUGACCUCUCUUGUCCUCAUGUGAUUGCAACAAUUUUCUUUGUUUGUUUAAAUAUUGCUAAUUUACGAUGAAUGCAACAGGAGUGUUCUAUUUCAGUCUUAAUCUGCAUGCAAAGUGUAAGAUGAUAUGUUUAGGACCAAACUAAUGAGUACUUUUGUAAAUAGUCACGUAACGCACAAUGUGUAGGAAAAAACGUGUGUUUGUUUGUAUUGGAUCUUAAUAUUGAGAUUUAUUGUCUGAUUAGUGUCAAACCUGCAGCUGUGUAAACUGGAUUUGUACAUAUUUGUUUUAAUACAUUUUGCACAUUAAGAAUCUGUGAACACAUAUUUUGAGCUUGAUAUGUUUUUUUAUUAUUAAAUUGUCGAAAGUCCCACAUUAGUGGGCUACAAGAACAGUAUUUACUGUUGUCUUUUUUAGCAUUAGCCAUGAGCAUAACAUUUUUUAGCCUGUCCUGCUGUCCUGUUCAGCUGCUUGACACAGAGAAUGGGAAUCUGAGUGUCCUAUUAAUUGGUCUGAACAGUUUGAAUGUAUCACAUUGGAGUAUGAUAUACUCCCAUUGUGAUUAUUCAUUGUGUUUCGUUUAUUAGGGCACAGCAGUGAGAGGAAGGGGAUAAGGCGGGACAGAGAGGAAAAUGGAUAGGAGAGAGAGACAAGAGAAGAACAAAUAACAAGAAAUACGUUAAAUGGCGACACUAACCAUGAAUAGAGUGGUGCUGUCCUUAGCUAAUUGUAUUUCCGGUGGACAUCAUGUGGGCGGCCCGAUGACAGCAUAGAAUUCAUAAUGAUACUGACGGGUCAGAUUCCAGCUUGACUAAGCCACGCCUUCAAGUAGGGGGCCAUCCCACAAUCCGCUUCAGUUAUUUGCAGUCAGUCGCAGUGACACAUGCAGCGAUCCAACGCCGGAUUUAGGUUGAAAAUGUACAAAAGCUGUACCGGAAGGAUUGUCUCAGGAGUGAUUUGUUUGAGGAUUCAAGGUAUAAUAUUUUUAGUUUUUUCACAAGAAAGUUUUUCACAAGAAUGUUCAAUGUAAAAAGCUCUUUUUUUGUAAGGCUGCCACCACAUUGUCUAACAUUCUAGCAUCAUUCUUCGACAUAUUUACGUAAAAUAAAUGCUAACUGCCUGUUUUUUUUUGCUCUUUUAACGAAGAAUCGAGACUGUUUUACGUUCAUAUCUAUGAGGAAUUCGGGGAUUUAAGCAUUUAUUCAUAUUAAUUUUCAACUUGAAAAGCUCUUUGUUGUAAGGCUGCCGCCACAUUGACGAACAGACUAGCAUCUUACUUUGAUAUUUACGUAAAAUAAAUGCUAACUGCACAUUUUUUUUUUUGCUUUCAACCAUAAAUCGAGACUGUUUUAAGUCCAUAUCUAUAAAGAAUUCAGGGAUUUAAGCAUUUAUUCACAAGAAUUGUCACCGGAGAAGCUCUGUUUACAUAAGGCGACUGCCACAUUGACUAACAGACUAGCAUUAUACUUUGACAUAUUUGCGUAAAAUAAAUGCUAACUGCACUUUUUUUUUUUUUUUUUGCUUUUAACCAAGAAUCGAGACUGUUUUGCAUCCAUAUCUAUAAAGAAUUCAGGGAUGUAAGUAUUUAUUCACAAGAAUUUUCAACGAAAAAGCCCUUUGUCUGUGAUAUCACUUGUUAAGCUUUUACGGCCACGCCAAGAACGCAGACCCCCUAUUAAUUGGUCCCGCGCUCCAUGUUUCCCCGUCACUAUCAUGAUGAAUUCUAUGGACUGAGGAGAGGGGCAGGGGCGUCAAAAAGAGAUGUGAUUAGGCAGUGUAGAGCAUACGCAAAUCAGGAAUGUGAGGUGAACGACCCAGUAUUAUUUGGAACACCCAGUAUUAUUUGGAACACCUGUAAGUGUGGAUAUUUUGACAUCCUAGUCUGUGCUGCCUGAUCACUAAUCCUGGCACGGAUAGUUUCACUGCUUGAGUGUGUUUCAUAGUUUAUUCAUAGUUGUCUUCAUUUGUGUGCGCAAAUGAAAAGAUUGUUCUUGCUCAGGCUUUUUGAAUGUAUUUUUUUCCAGAGUGGAUUUCAAAAUCUGUUGAAUCACGACAUGCUCCUGAACUCCAUUCAUGACAGAUGCAGUCAUUGUAAGUGUCUGAAUGUAAACAUAGCCGAAAACAUCGACUACUCCCAGCAGAACGGGUAUUGGCAACGCCUUGCCCUGCUUUAAGCUCUUACCUUACUUCUCAAUCACUGUAUUUAUUAAGGGCGCAACCAGUUAAGUUUGUUUAAACAUUGAACGGGUUCAACUGAAUUGAACUCAGUUUUAAGCUUGGUGAUUGCCCAGGAUUCAAUCACAUGCAAAGUCCACACUCAUCGGACUGAACGCAUGACCUCUGAACAAGACAGACGUUCAAACCAGUUGCCCACGAUCCUGAGAAACCACUGAUAAUUAGAAGCCAAAUGUUUGUAUUUGAGCUUGAAACUGAGUGUGUUUGAAAAGGUGAUUUAGAUUUCCCUCCUGAGAAUGAAAGCGCGGUAAGUACUGAACUUAGGGUAGCUGCUUUACAAUAGUGGUACUCAAGACUUUAACACCAUGUUCCACAAAAGCAAGUGGUAUGAAAAGGUAUCUGAAACCUGGAAUUCAUUUACAUUCAUUUACAUUUCUGCAUAAAAUCACCAUCAAAUGUGAUCUGAUCUUCUCACAGAUGUAAAAACAGUGCUUUAACUAAAACCACCCAAAAAUUUAUAGGUUUUCAUAUUUUAAUGAGGAUAGUAUGCAAACAAUGUCAGAAGGGGGAAAAAAUAUAAGUGAACCAUCACAUUUAAUAUUUUGUGCCCCCCACCCUUUGGCAGCAAUAACUUCAACCAGACACUUCCUGUAGCUGCACAUAAGUCUGCCACAUCG